GAAGAAGAAUUAACCGGAAGCAGCUCGCAGUCAUCUGGGUGCAAGUUCACUGACGCCAGUCCUCCUCUGACUCUGACAACAUGGCCUUCCUCUGCAGAAACGCUGCUUUACUCCUCAAACCCUGCAGAGCUGCACCUGCCGCUCUCGCCGCCGCCCGCCUCUACAGCUCAGGUACGUUUAAUCACGAGGCUAGGUGAACGGGUUCGAGCUGAAGCUGCACGAGCAACCAGCUCUGCCACAAUGUCACGUAACUUGCGUCACUGCGUGGCGACGCGCGUGAAGCAGGUAGACAGGUGAACAGCCUGAUGAGUUUACUGUAAGAAGAAAAAAUGGUUUAUUUCAGAGGAGGAGGAGGAGUUGGUAUGAAGAAUAUCAGCGUCUAAAGAAAUUCAUAGUCACUGCAUAAACCUGGGUAUUCUGAUUUCAUGUCUUAUUUAUUUUUGCUUUUCUGAACUGAAAUAAAUAUCAAACACUGAUUUACAUCAUGACCCCAGGCUAUAAAAACACAAACCAGAAAAAAACAGCUGACAAAUGUACAAAAUUAGACAAUAAAAACCCUAAAAAAGGUUUUUGUUUUUGUUAUUUGAGGUGUUGAGUGAAGCAUUGGUCAAAUUUGACUUUCUAUUAAUACCUGCAUGAGUUUGUUGUGCUGUAAGCCUGCGCUACCUGUGCAAUGAUUGAAAUGAUUCAGAAUUUAUGUUUUUUUUUAAAGAAUAUUAAAGUAAAACUUUUUAAUGUAGGAAGAAGUGUUGACGUAUUUUAUCCUACCUUUUAUUAACUGUUAACAACACCUCUGAAAUCUCCAUAUGGUCUGUUCUUUACCUGCACAGUAAAUGUCAUCGUUAUAUUUAACUAAUAUCAGCAUAAUUUCAUGUGCUUUUAAUACAGCUGAUAUAAAUACACAGUUAACUAUACAGACUAAUAUCAUACCUAUUUAUACUCAUGCACCAAAUCAUCAUCUUUUCAAAUGCUGCAUCCUGAUAGUCUGUUAAUAAAAACAAAUCCCAGGUAACUAUCAAAGACCCUCCUCUUUCUUACACCUCCUAAAAUUCAUUCACAUUUCCGUAUUGCUUUACGCUAUCCCAUAAUCAUCAGGUCGAAAGUACAGAAGCUUUCCUGUGUUUGUAGAAACUCUCGCUGUCUUUAAAUGGAACUUUCCUUUAUAUCAAGAUAAUUCAAUUAAAUCUCCAAAACUAACAGCCACAGAAAAUGUCUAAACUAGAGUCUCAUUCAUGUAAGGUUUUCCUCUUAAGUCCUGACUAUCUUUGCCCCACAAAGCCUGUAAGGUCUCUGAGGUCUCUGUAAGGCCUCGACUCAUGGCUGUAAGAGCUGAUCUUUCACCUUGUCUUGAAUGAUUAACCUGGACUUCACCGUACCUUGAGAUAGCUGUGUUUCUCAAAUCACACUCCACAGGUGACCCAUCACCUGUUUGAAAGGUGAACUGCACCCACUGGAUGAGUGGACGAAGCAGUGAUAGAAAAUGUUCAGGGUACUCCUGGAAGUUCCUAAAAGUUUAAUUCAGUGUCCUUAAAAAUUGAGUCGACUUUAAAAUGGUAGAACAACAUUAAUUUACUGUUUAAUUGAUCCCUGCAGUCUUUGAAGGACACUUUUGGCCAGUUUACAGGAGGGUUAGUGUCUCAUAACACAAUAAGUGUCAAAUGACUGAGAAGAGAAAAAAGCAGGAUCAUUUCACAGAGCCUACAUUCACUUUACCAUUAUUGUACAGCACAAACUAGGACCGGGCGAUUUGGCCAAAAAGAUGAUCACGAUAUACUUUGUCAUAUUGUCCGAUCUCGAUUAUCAUCCUGAUUUUUUUCAACUGCCAGUUUUAAAGCAUCUGUACUUAAAACUAAAAAAAUAGAUAAAUACUAAAUAAGACGUUAAAUAACUUUUCUUCUCAACAAUAACAUCUUCGGAGGAUGACUCAAAGUCAUGGCUGACAUCUGUUUUACUGCCCUCAGCUCCACGUUCGGUUACUCUGUUUACUUCUCCGGCAACUUACAGAAGUGAGCAGGAGAAGCUCGACUGUGAUUGGCUGUUAUGAUACACAUUUUCACAAUGUUUGAUCGAGUAAAUAAGCUCACAGCUGAUCACCGUGAUCGAACUGCAAUUUAUCACGAUCAUAUAGUCACCCAGUCCUAGCACAAACACUCCUCAUUUACUUUAAUAAACAACGAAGAAAGCAGCAAAUGCUUAAAAAAUGCUAAAUAAAUGAACCAGUAAUCCAAAAUAAAUGGUUAAAAUUUUACUUUUAUUGAUUUUACCUGUAGAAGAACCUGCAGAAACCCUCAAUAGUAAGUGUCGUCUUGUUGUUUCUCUCUCCAUGCAGGGGGCCAGUACGAGUAUAUUUUGGUGGAAAAGCGAGGUGAGAAGAGUAACGUAGGUUUCAUACAGCUGAACCGACCAAAGGCUCUCAACGCCCUGUGUGACGGUCUGAUGAGGGAGGUGGGUCACGCUCUGGACACCUUUGAAGCUGACGGUGAUGUUGGAGCGAUCGUCAUCACUGGCAGUGACAGAGCCUUUGCAGGUGGGAGAGCUGGAUUUUUCACCCGUGAAGAGUCAAGAGUAUAGAGUGAUUCAGUUUUAAUGAUUCAUGAUCGGUGGUUUUGGUGUUUUCCAGCUGGAGCGGACAUUAAAGAGAUGCAGAAUCGAACCUUCCAGGAGUGUUAUGGUGGAAACUUCCUGGCUCACUGGAACAGAGUGUCCACAGUGAGGAAGCCUGUGAUCGCAGCUGUCAAUGGAUUCGCUGUGAGAUUGAUUUCUUUAAACAAUUUCAUAUCUUAUUAUUCGGGGAACAUAGAUUUUUGGACAUCAGCUAGAUAAAAUGAAGAUGUGUACAAACAUGAUGGCUGUGAAAAUGAGAUUACUCUGCUGUUUCAGCUGGGUGGAGGCUGUGAGCUGGCGAUGAUGUGUGACAUCAUCUAUGCCGGAGAGAAGGCGCAGUUCGGUCAACCUGAGAUCCUGCUGGGGACUAUCCCUGGUAAAGACCUGUGCUUUACUCCUUUUCGUCCAGAAUGGAUGCUCUAAGAUUGGUUCUUCUGGAGCUGCUGCUGAUGAUGUCUCCCACUCUGUCUGUGUCUGCAGGGGCGGGGGGCACCCAGAGGCUGACACGAGCCGUGGGAAAGUCUCUUGCCAUGGAGAUGGUUCUUACUGGAGACCGAAUAAGUGCACAGGAAGCCAAACAGUCAGGUAACAGCAGUGUGGGAAAGCACUGGUACUACAGAAAAACUGUAAAUUAUUGGAGAAGUUUGUACAAACUUGCAUCAGCCUGAAGGUUUUUUCAGCAGGAAUGUCGAUGGUGUGAACUGCUGCUGCCACAAAGGGCUAUGAUUGGCUUGUUGCAUGAAAGCCAACCCUGAUUGGUUAUUUGAUUCAGAUAUGAACUUGGCAUUUACAGACCCAGAUCACAAACACAUAUUCAUUGAAAGGAAUAUCUCAAUUUCAUAUUACCAGUAACAUGCACUGAUCAAACUGUUUUAUUUUAACCCCAAAUCUGAUGAAAUAGUGUUGUUCACUGGAGAUCUCACUUGAGCUUUUGCAUUUUAGCCUCCGAUUUCACUGCAGUAGAGGGAAAAAAAUGUAUUUUUUGGAACUUAAAGUCUCAUGACGAGUGAUUUUGCUGACCCAGACUUUAAAAACAGAAGUAAAAUACAAAAUGCAUCAAUUGGUAAACUUAUUCACUGUGUGUCAGUAAAGAAGCAGUUCAGUUGAAUUCCAUGAAUCCUCAGAUUUACUCAUGAAUUAGUGGAAGGAACCUGACCUGUAUUUUGGCGUCUUUGGACUAAAGACACUGAAAUAUAAUCAUAUAUUACUACAGUUUGCAUGAUAGAAAAUAUCUCAGCAUUGGAGGACAUUUUUCCCUCAAACGAUAGCUUUUAAAUGUUUUCACAAAAAUGGGAUAUCUGAGUGUUUAAUUCCAUUUGUUAAAUUUGAUUAUUUUUUGGUUCUUAAGGUUUGGUGAGUAAGAUUUGUCCUGUGGACCAGCUGGUGACUGAAGCUGUAAAAUGUGGAGAGAAAAUUGCUGCAAACUCUAAACUUGUUUCUGCCAUGGCUAAAGAGGCUGUAAACGCUGGUAAGCUAACUUAUUGUUAAAGGUUUAAAUUAUUAAAUAUGCAAAUUAACAUUUCUUUUGAGUCUAACUCGUUCCUCUUUGUGAUUGCAGCUUAUGAGCUGACUUUGGCUGAAGGUAACCGUUUGGAGAAACGUUUGUUCCACGCCACCUUUGCUACAGUGAGUAUUUGAGCUUGUGUGAGUGCGAUUCUGUUCGAUUUUAACAGCCCACCUUUUAAAUUGUCUGUUUGUUCCUGCAGGAUGAUCGUAAAGAAGGCAUGACAGCAUUUGUUGAGAAGAGAAAGGCCAGUUUCCAGGACAAGUAGAGAAAGCACAUCGAGAGCUCUGCCAAGAACGAAAAGAUGCUGAGAUCAAUCGGUCAAUUCUUUAACUGCAACAAGUCGAAUGAUGCUAUAAUCCUGACUGUAGUGGAACAUACAAGCUGUUGAAAUAGGAUUUGGCACAGAGUGAGUGCACAUGAGUGUCUUAUCACAGCGAAGCCUCGCCUGCAGAGGCUGUGUUUCUAAAUGAAAAGCAGUGUAGGUGCCAGAGUGGAGGGUUUGUGUGUGAAAACCUUUAUAACUCUAUUAUAGUCAGUGGGUUGGAAUGGAAAUCAUUAAGGAUGACUUGUACUGACUUUGCCUUUAUAAUUUCACUUUGAAAUUUUUGUCUGCUCUUUGUCGGCAGCUCAUUUCUCUGUACAUUUUACAAAUAAAACUCCAGAGUGGGUUUCAGUUGUGUCACUUGGACAUGAAAAAAUGGGAAAGCUUGGCUGCUGUUUUUUUUUUAAUAUAAACUGAUUAGGGUUUUAAAAUGCUACCGACAAACUUUGUGAUGGCUUUGGAUUAACAUGAUGUGGCUUCACAGACUCAUUUCUAUUAGCACUCUGAAAAAUCAGUAAGAAGUUACAGUAUAAGAGUGAAAUGAGAUAUUUCCUCUUCCAAAACCAGCACGCCUCUAUUAAAUAUCAGCACUCUCAUUUCUGUCCAUCUCUCUCUUUCCAGUGCAGUCUCAGCAGGUCAGGUGGUCUAACAUAAGUCUGGUUCUGUUAAGUGUCUUUGAAUAACACUUUGUGAUUUAGUGCUUUAAAAUAAAGAUUAAUUGAUAGUAAAGAUACUGAAUAUAGUACAGUAGCUUAUUGUGAAAACCGAAUGACACUCAGAUUAAAUACAGAUUAGUUUUAGUUUCACUGUGAAAAUUAUCACAUGAAAAAAGCUGAGAUGUUUCACUUCAGUGUGAUAUUUUGAUGCCAAGACUGAUGUAAAUUUCUGGACAACCAAGAAGGACCAAAUAUUUCAAAUGUACAGAAGGAUGACAACCCAGACACAAAAUAAAAGGAGUUAAAAAAUGAGGAAAUCCCGGAUUUAAACAAGCUCUUAAUGUUAAGCAUAGAAAUCGAAUAUUAGGUUCUUUUCAAUCAAAAAAAUUUGGAAAAAACGCCAGUGAUCGAUUUUAUCUGAAAUUUAAUCAGUUUAUACUUAUAAACACUAGAUGGUGCUGUUGUGUUGUAACAGUGAGUUGCAGAAAUAUGAUGCGCAGUAGUUCAUCAAUUCAAUGAGCCUGUUGCGUUGACGCACACUGGGUUGUCUGCAGAUGAGAGGAUACAAACAUACAAAUACUUACCUUUAAGUUUUAAUUUUUAUUAUAAUUUUGGAAAUUAUAUUUUGAACCACCUGUAAGUCUAAUUACCUUUACAACAUGAUUAAUCUAGAUGGCCUGAUGGUAAGCCUCAAAAUGUCUGUGAAGAUGAUUAUUUCACUUGUAUCAGACCCUAAAUUUACGAUGAUUUAACGACAGGAAACUUGAACCAUCUUUGCAUCAAUGUGCAUCUCAGAGUCACAAAAAUCCUCUUCUUAAUAUACAAAAUUAAAAUUGGUCUGUACCCUUAGUGAACUCGUACUCAUUCUGGCUUAAAACCAUAAUUUUGACUUAAGAGAAAACACCAGAACAAAUUUGGUUAGUGCGCUCUUUCUUGUGCCGCUCCAAUCACCAUCGAGCACCUUCUUUCUCUCUGAUCUUCACACGACGGCGCCCCAUAUCUUCACAAGGCCAUGGCCUAAUUGAUUUUUAUUUUCAUUCAAUAUUCCCCCUGGAGCUUGCUUUCUUGUCAUCCCCGUGGAACAAAACUUUAAAAAGGAGGAGAGAAGAAAACUCGUCUCUUCUCUCUGCAGGGAAGCACAAAAGUCCGCAGAAGGGCAGCGAAAAGAAGCUCGUCUUUGAGGCUACCGAAAGGUCAAAAUAAUAAAUGUAGACUCAAUUGAGGCUCUCCACACGCACAAAAGAGGCAAAACGUUACAUUUUGGCAGCGCAGACCCUCAUAGCGUGAUAAACUCAUUUAAAAAAGCUGAAAUAAAGAGGGAGCAGCAUGGGUCCAGAGAGGGAGAAAAGGAGCUUUCAGUCCAGCAGACAGGCCUGGCUCCUGCGAGGGCCUUUUCUCCUGCUCAGCAGCCCCCAUCCCCGUCCCCAAAUCCCUCAGAUAUCUCUAAACUUCACUGCCUGGUGCCACUAAGUCAUCAUGGAGACUUUUCUGCUGCAAAUUACUGAACUUUUAGGCUUUUCUCAAAAACAUUUUCAUAACUCUGAAAGUGAUGAGGAAGCUGCUAUACCUCAACUAACAGGGGAACCACACUUUAAUGUGAUAAUAAAUAAGGUUUCCAGCUUCAGUUUCUCAUGAUUUGUGUAAAUUGUUUGGAUUUGUUUAAAGUUUAAGACCGAGGUGAAUAUAAAAGAGAUUUAAAAACACUAAGGGUCUAAAUUGAACUAUUAUAACACACUGUCAGAUUAAAAACAUCCAUUAAAGUA